AAUCGCGUUCCGGAUUAGGCAGUCGAGCUUGUUGGGUUUUCCAAAUAAUCCGGGUCGAUCGAUCACUGGCCGCACUACUUGAUUAUAUUAUACAAACUGCGUGUGUGCCCUGCGAAUCGGGCCAAUAUGUUCUCAAUCUCGAGCUACUUCCGACUGCUGGCUGGCAUCGUGAUCUGCGUGGCUGCGUGGGACUGUGAGGCCCGGAGUGUUGGCGAUGAGUCCCGUGAGAACGCGAUUACGGAUGAGACGACCGACUACCUGCGAUCCCAUGGCGCCACGAUGAAGUCCUACAUGAACUUCAGCGUCGAUCCGUGCGACGACUUCUACGAGUUCGCGUGCGGAAACUGGAAGCACGUGAAAACGCCGCGGCAAUCGCCCCAUAGGCGGAGCAAUAUCCUGGACAUCAGCUACACACUGAUGGACGUGACGGAACAGCUGCUGACCAGGACACAGUUGGCGGAGGCGCUGAAUGUGUCCGCCGAGCUGCUCGUUGCACAACGCUUCUACAAUUCCUGCCUGGCGGCCGAGCUCUUUCCGCGGCCAGCUGCCGAUCCCGCUUAUCUUUCGCUUAUCAGGUCGCUGGGUGGUUUUCCCGCCGUCGACAGAGACGCCUGGAACGCCUCCAGCUUCAGUUGGUUCAACAUGAGCGCCCAUCUCAGCAACUACGGCAUUCGCAGUCUGAUCCACGAAGAAAUUCUGCCCCAGCAUCCCUUCAAUCCGUACUUCAAGCUGCCCGAGCUGGGCUUUGACCACAUCGUUCACACCGACCACGUUACCAACACAAGCUCGCGGGCCUACCAGCUCAACGAGCAUCGCAUGCACGGCUACCUGAAGGAGUACAAUCUCACCGAGGAUGAAAUCUCCGCCGUGAUCGAUGGCGUCUUUGCGUUUUGGCGCGAUGCGCUCAGCAUUGAGGAUAAGUUCCAGGGCGAUAAGGAUAAGUGCGAUUUGCUGACUGAGAUUAGGGAGGUGCCACCAUUUGGGCAGUGGAGGAGCUACUAUGAGAUAGCCUGGAAUGGGAUAGACUUCUACAGCGGCUCGUCCGGUGCCGAAUUCUGCGACUUUUACUAUGUGGAGCUCGACAAGGUGUGCACGAAGCAUGCGGAAGCGGUGGCCAACUAUCUAGCCAUGCGGUUUCUCUACCGCAUGGACGACAAGCUGAAGGAGCCCAAGCAGCCCGAGGACCAAAAGGUUAACUGCCUGAUGAUCGUCCAGCUGACGCUGCCACAACUCUUCAACAAGCUCUACAUGGCGGAGCACUUCACCGACGAGAAGCACUCGGAGAUCUCUGACAUAGUGAACAAAAUGCGAAAGGCCCAGCGACAGAUUCUCGAGAGUGUGGAGUGGUUGGACGCGGAGACGCGGGCAGAGGCUCUGAGCAAGGAGGCCGGCAUCACGCCAGUGAUCGGGAGCUACAAAAACGAAGAGCUUUCGGACACUCUAAUCCGCGAGAUCAACAAUCUGACCAUUGUUGAAGGCAGCUACGCCCAGAGUUUGAUCAAUCUGCGAGUACUGGGCACCUAUCUUAAUCGCUACGCUGGCCUUCACGCUGACAAGCUGCCCAAGGACACAAAGCCGCUGACACUUCUGGUGGGGAUGCAGGUGAACGCGUUCUACUACAAUCUGGAUAACUCGGUGUACGUAAUGGCGGGAAUCCUGCAUCCGCCUGCGUACCAUCGAUCAUGGCCCAAUUCCUUGAAGUUCGGCACCAUUGGCUAUCUGAUAGGUCACGAGUUGACCCACGGCUUCGAUACGGAGGGCUCCAGUUACGACAGUGCCGGCGAGAUUCGCGACUGGUGGUCCAGAAAGUCGGAGACGGUGUUCCAGGAACGGGCGCAGUGCUAUGUGGAUUACUUCAACCAAUAUUUGAUACCCGAAAUCAACCAGACGAUUCGCGGCAACGAGACAAGGGACGAGAACAUAGCGGACGCCGGUGGCUUGAGGUCCGCACUCGCCGGUUAUCGAAACCACAUGAAGCAGCUGCAAAGAAGUGGAGCGGAUGGGGAGACGUUGUCCCCCAAGAACGAGCAGAUGCCCGGCCUCGACCUGUCGCCGGAGCAGCUCUUCUUUGUGGGAUUCGCGCAGCUGUGGUGCGCCGACUACGAGCCGGAGCACUACUGGGAGGAGCUCACCGACGCGCACACCAUCGAGAAGUACCGGGUGCUGGGUGCCGUUUCCAACAACGACGAUUUUGCUGAGGUCUACAAGUGCCCACUGGGCAGUCCCAUGCAUCCAAAGGCUGAAAGUUGUCGGAUGUGGUAACCAUAAGUCGCAUAUAAAGAAAAAGAUGUAAAAUACCCUAGAUGUUCAACUACAAAAUAAAAUAAAUCAGUAAAAAUAAU